GGGAAUGGUGUAUUGUUGACUGCAGGGGCACUUCGCAGUUUGUAGGUCUGAUCAUAUUUCUUUGUUUAUUUGGUGUGCAGAAUUAUAGAAUCAUCAUAGGGAACAUCCUGCCGCGAGUGAAAGAUCACGACGUGUCGAGGAACAACUAAGUAAAUCGUGGUAGAGGCCUCAAAUUAUCCGGAAACCCGUUGGAAAUUGAUUCUUUGGAGAAGGAGCAGUGUUCGCAAAGGCGUCCGUCCGACUGUAGUGUUCUGUGCUACCACUUCAGGAGGUUUGGGACGUUCCGCUUUCUGCAACAGACUGCGGUUCUAAUUCCAGAAGAGAAAUAUGGCACAAACAACGAGUAGUGCUCUCAGGGCACUCGCCCUCGAAUAUAAAAGUCUUCAAGAGGAACCCGUCGAGGGAUUCCGCGUGAAACUCGUUAACGAGGACAACAUGUUUGAGUGGGAAGUGGCUAUCUUCGGGCCUCCGGAUACGCUUUACCAAGGAGGAUACUUCAAGGCACACAUGAAGUUCCCGCCGGAUUAUCCGUACAGUCCACCAACCAUUCGAUUUAUGACAAAAGUUUGGCACCCGAACGUAUACGAGAACGGAGAUCUAUGCAUAUCGAUCCUACAUCCACCAGUAGACGAUCCACAGAGCGGAGAGCUACCGUGCGAGAGGUGGAAUCCAACACAGAACGUCAGGACGAUCCUCUUGUCGGUGAUUUCACUGCUGAACGAGCCCAAUACAUAUAGUCCGGCCAAUGUGGAUGCCUCUGUGAUGUAUAGGCGCUGGCGCGACUCCAAGGGUAAAGACAAAGAGUAUGAAAAUAUCAUAAGGAAACAAGCGCAAGCGGCAAAGAUGGAGGCCGAGAAGGAAGGGAUCGUGGUGCCUGUGACGCUCGAAGAUUACUGUAUCAAGACUCACGCGAGGCCAGCCGAGCAGCAGCUAGACAUGACGGAUUUCUAUGACGACGAGUACGAGCUGGACGACGACGACGACGACGAGCAAAUGAGCGCGAGCGACUACGAAGACGGUGACGACAGUGGCAACGGAGAGUCGUGAUCCAUUUCCUAAAACGACGAAAUAAAACAGAAAAUUUCAAAAAAACUCGAAAACGCUAAUUAUUAUCAGUUCUGUAUAGAUUAAUAAAUUAACGGGCUUCUAAACCGGACGCUCUCUCUCUCUCUAUCUAUCUUUUCAGACGUGCCACCGAGAACAAAUUUCAAGUUAUACGGCGGUUUGAAAAGAAGCGAAAUUUUACUUGUCGUAUUGCUAUAAUAGACGUGUAAGUAGAAUUCUAUUUCGGAGAAAUGGCGUCACAAUUUCAUCGCGUUGUCCGUUUUAAUCGCGAUGCACACACACGCACCCUCUAUAGGUGGCAAUCGAUAUUACAAAACCCGUUGAUUGUUCAUUUGAAAUCUUUUUUUUCUUCUCUAUUUCGUCCGAUCAUGUAAAGG